AUGAAUGAUAAUUUAGAAACUGAUCUCCCGGGUGAUAGUAAAACCGAGGAGUUGCCAAAACAAACUGACGCUCCUGGAUUCAACCAGUUAGGAAUUAAUGACAAUAUUUCUUCUGGUCAAGGGGCAGAAGUUAGCAAUGCUCAAGCUAUGUCCAUACAAGAUAUGCUAACAGCAUUAUUUGAAAAGUUUACUAUUAAAGAGCAGGAGCGUGAAAAACAACGCGAGCUUAAAGAGCGGGAGCGUGAAAGACAACGUCAGCAGGAAAAGGAAAAACGUAGACAGGAAAAGCUUAUAGAAAAACAGCAACAGGAGCUCAGGGACCAAGAAAAGGAAAAGAAAUUUAUGGAAAAUAUAAACAAUAUUUUUCUGGAAAGAGAUAAAGAAAUUGUCCGGAGGCCGGCGGGAAGGCUCUGCAGGGAGCAGCGGUUGUGGCUGACGUGGCAGACGGACAGGAAGGAGCCUGCAGCGAACGGCCCGGACGUGGCGCGGCUGCCACAGCACAGCUGGCAGCUGCGGAGGGAGACGCGGCCCCAUCUGAGAGAGUGCUGCCGCCGCCUGCCGCCCGCUGCCUGCACUCUGAACAAAGGAGGCGAGCCGGCCGCUGCAAAAGGACCGCGCACAGGCACAUCACAGACGGCCGCGGCAAGCGGCGAGCGGUGUGCACGAAAAACCCCAUGCCUCUCUGAAGCGGCGUCCGCAUUACUCUGGGUCUCACUUGAAUGA